AUGGCACAUCGGAGCCGGGGCUGUCUACGCUGCCGCCAGCGUCGCGUCAAGUGCGAUGGCGGCCGUCCCUCGUGCCAACGAUGUCUGACCCGCAACGAGCUCUGUGUUGGCUACAGGGACGAAGCGGACCUCAUCUUCCAGCACGAGACAGACAAGGUGGCACUCAAAAGCCAGGCCGAAUCAGUAAGCUCUUCAUCUUCAACCAGGACACGACGGACCCGGAGUAGAUCACUUGAGCGUCCGUCGCCAUCCCAACCCCUAGACGCUGCGACUCUACGGCUUCCCUCUGCUCUACCCUGGCUGAAGGUACCGCCUUCUGAGAAGGAGCCGCCAGUUGUAGAGGACCACGCAGUGGCCAUUUUCAUGGAUAAGUAUGUCAUUUAUCCUUGCCAUGAGUCGUCCUCUCCAGGCUUUCUCGAGCAUCUGCCCGUUCUGUUCCAGGAGGUGAACGUCGAUGGCCGGCACGCGCUGCGCUGGGCGGUGCAGGCCGCAGCCAUUGCGGACCUCUCGAGGGAACACGAUCCCAAGUUUCUCGCUCCCAGGGCUUUGGAGUGCUAUGGGCAGGCUUUGGGCGCGCUAGGUAGGUCGUUGGCGGAGAAGGGCAAGAUCCCAGAUGAUUACGACUUGAUGGCCGUGGUGAUCUUGGACAUGUUCGAGACUUUCUUUAUGCCAGGGGUAUCAUCCGUUGAGUCUCAUACGCAAGGCAUGGCACACAUCCUAAGACUUCGUGGCCACGAGCAAUUUCACGAUCCUCGAGGCUGGAGCUUGUUCCGUCUAGCACAUCAUCGUUUGCAAAAGCAGCAGCUCGCAAAGCAAAUAGCCCCCCUCCCAGAGUCCAAAUUCUGGCUUGACACCCUCAACGAGGAGAUGUUGACUGUGCGCCUUGAGAAGGAUGCCUUGGAGAUCUCUACAAUAUGCCAAAAGGCGAACGAGAUCCUCCGGGCCCUCAGUGCGGACACGCUCGACUUGCAGCAGUUUCUUGACUUGUUUCCGCAAAUGACCCGUCUCGACCAAAAGGCUGUUCUGCAGCGAUACACACCCGAAUGGGAUUUCAAAACACUUCAGAGGACCGAAAUUUUGGGCGACCAGGAAGUCAUCCGCCGGUUUCCUGAAAAGAUUCAACUUCACCGGGAUGUUUGGAUGGCUUACGAGUGGAAUUAUCAUCGCACGGCACGAAUCAUCCUACAUCAGAAGCUGUUGGCCUGCCUCGAUAAGGCUAGGUCAAUUCCUACUUCACAGCAGCAUUCUUUUGGCUCGGAAGACAUGAUCAGAGAUGGAGAAGAGGCGUCGCUGUUUCACAUCAAGACUCUGGCGGACGAAAUCCUGGCCACAGUUCCACAGUCCUUCGGAGAGAUAGAUCAUCUUGGCCGUUGUCUCCCAGACCUAUCAAAGCCACCACGAUGCCAGGCAAUCGGCGCAUACCUCCUCUUGUGGCCCAUUAAAAUUAUCAAAGAUCCCAAGGGAAUGACCACACCGUCACAGAAGGCCGCUGCACAGAGGGUUUUUGAGAGAAUACGAGACUGUACGGGGAUGAAGUCGAAUUUAGGUGCUCUAUCUGUGAUAUGA